GCACAGUUGGACCGACGUGAGAGUUUCAGAGACGGAAACCUGCUCGUUCAGUCGGUGGAAAGUGACACCACAUAUGUCAUUUUCAUGCGAAUUAAAGGAAAGGGUGAGACAUUUGACUGGACUAACUAACUGAGCGAGGAUACAACAUCUUUACCGGCGAGAUACAAGAGGAGACAAGGCGUGAAAUCUAUACAGCACCAUUUGAAGAAGUGCUCUCUGUGCUGUUUGUGCAAGGUGGUGGCUUUAAAUUUGAUCACUAUCAAGAGUCUCACGUCGUGAUUUGGGUCAUCGCAGGUGUCGUCAGCUCCUGCUUUACAUCAAUCAGAGAUGACAGAGAGGGCAAAAUGGUGGAAGGCCUUCAUGCCAAAGAAGAAGCCAGGGUGCCCCAAGGACUCAAGUGCCCCCUACUCGUCUGCAGACUUCGACCCUUUUGCACAAGACAAUUCCAAAGACUCCAAGACCCCCACGGAGCAGUCUCUGUCCCAGCAAGAGUCCACCAACGGCUCCUGCCUCUUCAGCAACGAGACCUACGACGACUCCCACAUGGAGUCCCUCUUCAACGAUCAGACUUGCCGCAGAAAUAUGAAAGUGUCCCGCUCUGGCCGGUUUAAAGAGAAGAGAAGGGCACGCAUCAGCCUUCCCGUCGAGGAUAAAGGCACUGAGAACGUGGCGCCGGCGAAAGACGACAUUCGGUGAUUGAUCGCUGAGAAGAGGCCAUUGAUGGUACAAAAAUGACUUUACAAAGAUGAGAAGUAAAAGGCUUCCUUCCCUUGAGGUGUACAGAAGGUUCUGUAGGUUGGUUGCGAUGGUGAUGAGGAAGGUUGACAAGGAGCGGAGAGGACCGGAGGGUCACAGCAAAGAUGGGUAUAUAGUCAAUCGUUGUGAUACCGAGCCCAUGAAGUGAAAUUGCGCAGUGUCCUCUUCUUUAUGUAAAAUAUUUCCCUUUACAUGCAUGUGUGUUAAUGACAUUGAAUAUAUGUCUAAAUGAAGGAUGUGCAGUUGGAAGGCCUUGAGGGAUGUUUAUGAAGUUGUAAAUGACUUGUUAGGAGUGUAAAAAAAAAAAAUUAAGGAUGAGAACCUAAGUGCCUUAUGUUCCCCCCCCCCCCAAUGAAGGAUGAAAAUCCAGCAAGGUUUUACAAGAAUGGGUUUUAACACAGGUGUGUAUUAUGAAGUUAAGCACUGAUGUUUUAUUUCCAGAAGAACAAGAUUUGCCAAGAUGUGAUCCCGCCUCCGAGGUUGGGUUUUGUUUUCAUGGUACGCUGUGUUUAGAUCACUUGUAAAUAUUGAAAUGAAGGUAACAUGAGCAAUAAAUCAAAUUGUUGCUGCA